AUGCGCCAUUCCCGCUCGUUAGCAGUGCUGGCGGAUGUUGCUAAAUUCAAAUGUGAAGAAAGUGGUCGAAAGGAACCUUCUUUGAACGCGUGCGCGUGUAUUGGUAGUACUACCUCGUGUUGCGCGCACCUCGGGUGGGCUCUAACAGGCUCCAUUGGCGAACGGACCGUGACGCCGCGCUUGAAGACCGCAUGCUGGUCAAGCGAAAGCUAA